CAGCUUCGAGUUGCUUUCGCGACGGCGACGACGAAGAAGUCUCGCACUUUUCCACUGUUCUUCGUCCGAAAAACAUUGUGCGUGAAAAAUAGUGAGGAAAUUUUUAUUUUUCGUUAGUUUUCCCGCAGCCACAUUUCCACGCGUAGUGAUCCCGAAACCGCGCGACCUUCCGUGGGUGCCCGUGCCGUCGCAUAGUACCUAGAGUGGAAAAUUCGUUCGCGCGAGUGACGAUCCCCAAACGGAGCCCGAAAAUUUUCACCGUCCACACCACACCACCACCGCGCAGGGAACCCCAUUCUGGAGCACUAGGCAGCCAGCAGGAACGGGAACUGGAUUAUUGUGCAGAGCGAUAACAGGGCGGAAAAGUUUACUACGGCUGGAACGUGUGAGAACGAGAACUCUGAAGUGGGGUUUCCGGAUGGGGCCAAGAGCUCGCCGGCAACGAUUGUGAUUUUCCAAAUGUGGAUUUUUUUGGUUUCCUUUUGAUCUGGUGUGUGGGAAUUCUCCCUUUGUGAUUCAAGAAUUUAUAGGAUUUCUGAAGCAACAAUCAGCUGAGUGAACUCAAUUAGGAUUGACUGGACAUUGAAGAAAACUGGUAUCGAACAGAUUCAUUUGGAUUUUGGAAACAAGGAAAACAUUGCGGAACGAUGGAGGAAUCAUACCUAAAGGAUUUGGAGACGGCCGCGCACAUCAUAAUGGCACCUCCCACAGUGGUUACUAAGGAGCAACGGCAACAGUCGGAAAAUAUCUUUAUGAACUUCCGCAAAACAAAAUCCCCGUACGUCCUGUGUCAGACGAUCCUGGAAAAAUCGGUCGUCGACCUAGUAUUGUUCGAGGCUGCCGAUGUCCUCAAGAAAGCUAUCAUUGCCGAAUGGAAGUACAUUCCGGAUCAGGAUAAAGCCUCGCUCCGGCAGUACCUGUUGAACUACAUUAUCCAACGGGACAUUCCAGUGUUCAUUCGGGACAAACUGCUCCAGGUGGUAGCAAUCAUGAUCAAACGGGCCAGCCUGGAGGACGUAGGCGCCGAGAGGGCGCAAAUAAUUGAGGAGACGAAGAAAAUGCUCACUUCCGGUGAUGUGAAACAGCAGAUUCUCAGUUGCAGUAUCAUAAUGGCCAUAUUGGAGGAAUAUUGCAACAUCGUCCGGUCGGAUGACACCGGUCUUACCACAUACGAGCAUUUCCGCGCCAAGAAGCAGUUUGAAGACUCGGAUCUGCUCAAAGUAUUUGUCAUGACGCUGCAGUCGACGGAAGAACUAAUUAAAAUGUACGACGCUGGAAAUUCAAUGCAUUUGUAUCUGUUCAAGCAGAUGCUCUCGGUAAUGGAAACUAUCCUCACGUGGGGAUUCCUGCUUCCCAAGCUACAAGUCAUGCGUGUUCUGCAGCCAUCGCUGUCCAAGAAAAUCAUCGAUACCUCGGAGACGGUAACGAAAGCACUGCACGCUCCCCCGCUGCGGUUUCACGCCCAGUGGAAGAACAUAAUAUUUGAGCCUAAACUGUUGGAGAUCUUCUUCUACAUAUACUGGAAGACAAGAGACAACGAUGAGUUACAGCCAAAGGCUUUGAUAUGCAUUUUGCAGCUGUCCACUUUGAAGGGUCCAAUAGUUACCGAGAACAAGGAGGAAAGUAUGACCUAUUUGGUGAACUACCUGACGCAUUUUCUUUCGAUGCUUUCUACGAUCGAAAUCAAGGAGAAAGAGGCAUACAGUUUUUCACUCAUUUUGAGAAAACUGCUGCAACUUCUACCCCGAGCAGAAAUCAAAGGACUUCCGAAUAGUCUUUUCGAAGCGUACAUGCAGCAGAACCUGACACUGACCCUUAAAUUCAUCGAGCUCUCUGCGAUGGAGGAAGCUAUGACUCCGGAUGAAACAGUAUACAUAGACGCUCUGGGUAACCUGCUGGAGAUUUGGCUUCACAUUCUCAACGACAAGGAAAACUAUCCUAUCGAGGCUAUGGUACCUUUCAUAACGCAAAUGUUCGAAAAGUACAUUCAGUAUCAUCUGGCUGCGCCGGAUGGCAUGCGAGGAGUUGGUCGAGAUGGAGAUUCGAUCGACGAAAUCGCCGAGUUUGAGGAAUCCGAUCGGGAGCGUUUCAAAGAGCAACUGAUCAUUAUCGGAUACUUUGGACGUGAAAUAUUGUCACACUCUUUGCCAUUGCUGUCAAAACUGUUGGAGAACCGAACUCGCAAUUUGGGAACCCAGCUGCAUAUGCUUCAUUCGACCAAAACAAUGGAUUCAUCCAGCUCGAAAACCUUGGUGAAUCUCUUCGAGGACAUCCACUGGAUUCUGUUGAUUACCGGUCACGUUUUGGCACUGGAAGCGGAUGGGGAAUCAGCAAUGAUACCGUCGGAGAUUCUUCAAUUCUGCAACCAAUGCAUUGCCAACAACGUCACGGAUGUGAACAAUAGCUUGAAGCUGUUGGCAUCACCCAAUCAAGACAUUCAAGAGAUUCCAAACGCCGAGGUCAAUGCUGAUCCGGUGAUUCGAUUGAUUGCCGCUGGUUUUCGAUUGUGUGAGCUGGAGAAGAGUGCCAUCGAGGUUCGAAUGUAUCAGUUCCUUAGUCCCGAGUUGAGCACCACCUUGGUAUGGUUCCUGCGGCGGUGGUCCGAUGCGUAUUUGAUGCCGCUGAAUGAGGACACGGUUAGCACCACGUUCAAGCAAGCUUUCGGAGCUGGAUCUCCGGGAUCAGUGUGGGUGAUAAAUUACUUGCUGAAUAAAAUUUGCCUAAAUGCUCAGUAUCUUCGGGCGGAACAAUCCGUAAUCGAAGAGACGUGUGAUCUGUUCUUGGUUCUACUGAGCCGGAAACAACGCUGCCAGGCCAUCUUCGGUUCGGAGUUCUUCAGAUCGAUUUGCGAUUUGAAGAGCGUAGAUCUGCCGGUGUCAAUCAAGCGAAAGUUGUUGAAAGGGUUCGUAAUGGUCGCGGCCAGCGUGGAGAAUGAGGAUCUACGGGCGGACUACCUCGGGAAGAUUCUCCAGCCCAUCGAAGACAAGUACAAAAUAUUGAUCUCACAUCAAAAUUUCCAAUCCGUCUAUCAGAACGAGGAUGUUAAGCUCAAGGUGACCGAAAUCUUGGAGGAACUAAUCGGAUGCGUUCAGGGGGCCUACUCCAACUCGUUGACGAUCAUUUUUGCCAAAAUCCAAGGCAUUUGCAAGGAGAUUCCCACGUUCCUGAAUUUGUAUCACAACUAUACGGUAAUAGUCGAGCUGAUUUUGGAGCUGGUUUGCGAAAUCGUUUCCAACAUUGCCAACGUGUCCUCGGAGAAAGCCAUCCGGACGGCCAUCCUGGAGUGCUGCUUCUCGGUGAUCCGAAUCUACGUGAAAAACAACUCCAACCGUGUGUCGCUGGACACUGCCAACCAGGAUAGCGACCCGGUGGAUCUGAUUCUCAUUCUCAAACUGAUCAACCACCUGACGUCGAAGUUGCUCUUCACGGAUGACUUUGCCGGAUCGGACGAAACCAACGCCCAGUCGUCGGAGAUUUGCAUCUUCGGUAUCACACACAUCGUGCCACUGAUCACGAUCGACCUGAUCAAGUACCCGGAUCUCUGUAUGCAGUACUACAGCACAAUCACCUCGUUUAUUGAGGAAAAGUCGCAUAUUAUUCCCACAUUGCAUCCAGACCUGCUGAAACAGCUGUUGGGUUCGAUUGAACUGGGCCUAAGUUCCUUUACGUCGGAUAUCGAGUGUAAGUGUCUGGAGUUCCUGGAGAUUUACGCGAACAGUGUAUACUUCAGUCAGGACCCACAAGCGCCGAUGGCCCAGCUGUUGCUUCCGUUCCUCAAGCUGAUGCUGGACAUGAUCUUUGGCCAGAAGAUCGAUCUAAAUAACACGAUGGACUGGUACCGAACGGUGUUCGUGAUCAUCUGCUGCUUUCCGGAACAUUUUAAGGAAUUGCUGCACAACUUCCUCAGCGAGCAGUUUGAUUCGGAGGCCAGUAUGGGUAAGGAUCUUGCCGGCAGCAUGACCAUGGUGAGUAGCAUUGAGUUUGUGAACAAUCGGCUAACUAAGUCGAAGUUUAUCGAUAAAUUUGACAAGUUUGUCACGUUGGUUAGUACUAUGGUGAAGAAAUAAGCCUUGUGUGAUUUACGAUUCGAAUAUGACAGGUAAACUAAGAAAGGAUGUUGCUUUUUGAAUCAGUGAGUAUGGCUAUCUGUUAUUCAUUUUGUUUUCUUCUCAAAGUGAUAAUGUACGUUUAGAAAUGAAAUUUAUUGUACCAGCUGAUGUAUUUGCAUUUGAACGCGUAGAGAGUAAAAGAUAAGCGGAACGGAUCGAAGAGCACAAAUAAAGUGUUUGACCUACCAAAAACAAUUGGUAACACCAAAAAUCCGGUCGAUGGGUAUCGAAUGAUUAUUACUUAUAUAGGAAAACUUUUACUAUAUAUUACAUUUGCCAUGUACUGAAGGCAGUUUUUUGUCUUCUAUUUGUUAUGUUAUUCUGGGUUUACUUUUCGUGAUUGUCUCUUUGAAUGUGCUGCAUAUUUUCUGAAACGUUUUUUUGGAUAUCGUCAAGUGUUUUGUGUAGUACAGCGGAGGCUAACGAUGGAUCUUGUAAAACUAAUGUAGAUAGGAAUGUGUACUUAGAUAGGGGCAUGAAUUGUAAGAGCCAUUCAUUCACUUUUGCGCGAAUUUCGGUCACAGCGUUUCCGUUUAAUGAGUUAUUGUCCUUUACCUUUAACUAUUCCCACUUCUAAGUAGAGAACUGUACAGUUGUUCAAAUGAUUCCAUGGCCUUUCUCUUGUUGAUAGACUUAAUCUUACUCCUACUGACUGUCCUGUAGUCUGUCGAAAUUGGAACACUCACUUCACUCGAAGUACUAUGCGCAAAGCUUAUUGCAUACAACACAAUCACUUCGAACAGUUGUAGGUUUACCCUUUACGUUCAAAGUCAAAAGAAAGUCCUCUCAAAGAAAAAAAGCAAGCUCUCACACGGUACGAUUAGGUAACAGAACAUACAUUGUCAUAAUAAAAUAUAAUCGGGAAACGAUCUGAGGGAGGUUGGAUUAGGAAACAAUGUUUUGAGGUCGAAUUUUACACGCACUUUUUGCAUAACUUUUUAGUAACAGUAUCAAAGUAGUGAAUCAAAAUGAGGUAAAAACUAUAUAUUUAUACAAAAGAUGAAAUGAAGUGGCGCAUUGAAAUAGUUUUUUGAAUGGAUGAUUAACUUUACGGUAUGUAGCGUUUUCGAAUGAACGUUUGGAGAUGGAGUUGUUUUCCUGUAAACGAACUUGGUAUGUACUUUGUAAACGGUUUUCGAUUAUUUAUUCACUUUAUUACACGCUUCGCUGUUGAAGAGAAAUCGAACAGACACUAGAGUAUAUUUUACCGAAUAAUUAUUAUAAUUGAGCGUUACUAUUUAUGGAUAGGAUCAGAUUUUUACCAUCGUUAUGUGAACAAAGACUACAUUUCUUAAAAAGUUACAUUCAUGUGUGCAUUCAUUGUAAAGUGAUGGCGUGGUGUCUCAUUUAUUUGCCACCCCUCAAACAUGUCAUUCAUCAAUACCUAUCUCGAGUAUACUUCAUUACAAAGCAGAAAACAUUAAUCUUUCCAUUGUUUCUUUCGUCUCUAACAUCCUAAAAGUCACUAUUAGUGAAAUCGUUGUGAACAUCAUCUCCACUGAUUCUCUUUUGUCGUGUAAAUAACGUUUAUGUCGAUCAUAAAAUAAGUGUUUUGUUGUAUCGUACAUUUGUAAGCCAAACAGAUUCUCUUCCCUGAAGUAAAUCAAUUUACCUAAACCCAAUAGAGACAGGUAAAUUAUUCAAACAAAAAUGGAAAAGGUAAAUUUUCCCUUUCUUAUUAAUGGCUACCACACAUAGAAGAUAUUCCAUUUCACUCCUGGAGAUUGGAUCGAAUUGUUAAACUUUUUCUGGCACACUCUUGAAACAAUCAAAAACACUAGAACACACAAACAUAUAUACCCACAGCCCAAACUCUCUUUCGUAGAAUAGAUGGUAAAUUUUAAACAAAAUCAUGGUCAGAGAUAUACGUACAUGUGUACAACAACUUCAAAUACCUACCCAUAAAGCUACAAAAAAACAACACCCGACAAAAGCGCUCAUUUGUAUCAAUUUUUCCUCCGGAAAUAGCAAUACUUUCCGGUGACCAUUGCGGUUGAAGACUCGAUAUUAGAACACAUAAUCACACGUACCCACGCGAAUCACGUAUGUCUGCAUAAUUAGUAACUUGCACAUAAAUUAAUGAGCAAAAUCAAUCCGACAGCGCAGCGGUGGGUGUGUAUGUGUGGGAGAAGCUCAAACGCUGGAAACGUAUGAGUGUCGGUGUAUCUAUUACUUUCUAAAAGUACAAAAUAACCAGUAACACGGAGCGAUAUAAUUGAAGCAAACUAUAGAAACACAAAAGAGAGAAGAAAAACCAUUGUGGGGAGUGAAUCACGAAUAUUAGCUAAGCGAUUUUAAAUUUAUCUUUCCGAAAAGUGAUACGAAGUAAAAUGAUGAAACAAAUAAAACAAAAUUUGGAACCAGGCAUCGAUCCUGCGUAAGUGAAUAA